AUGAGAGGCGGCCAAGCAACACACACUUUGACACUAGACCAACUGCCAUCACAUGUUCACGGUCAAGGUACCUAUUCUACUCUAACAGCAGGUGAUCAUUCACAUUCGUAUUAUGAUCCUGGACAUUAUCACGGUGGACAGACGGGCACUUCAGCGUACAGUGGAGGAACUAUGCCCAUGUAUAAACCAACAGGUGGCCGCAGCAGUGAUCAUGGCUUACAUUCACAUUCCAUUUCUAUUGAUAAAACGCGUAUAAGCAUUAAUACAGCUGGUAGUCAUAGUCAUUCAAUUAUCGGUCAAAGUGGUGCUGUAGGUGGUGCACAUACGUUUAGUAUUUUAAAUCCUUACCAAACAGUGAAUUAUAUAAUCUACAGUGAUUAA